AUGGCUACUUGUUCAAGUGAUGGAUAUGUUCGAAUAUAUGAUCUACAUGAUGAUACAUGGCAACAAUCUGGUUCUUUUUCGCUUCCUUUACAAACCGGUCCUAUGAUACGGGUAACUUGGGCUCAUCCAGAAUUUGGUGGUAUUCUUGCAACUGUAGCUUAUGAUCGUUUUGUUAAUGUUUGGUAUGAAACUCCAACAGGACCUAAUGAUCCAUCGGAAUAUGCUACUAAAUGGGUAAACAGAGAGCAAUUUCUCGAUUCAUUUCUAUUUGGUUCUUCUGAACAACGAUCAUCAAGUACAGAUACUGGUACACAUUCAUCAGCUUAUAAUACAGUAGCUAUACAAUUUGCUCCAAAACAUCUUGGUCUUAUACUUGCAACAGUUUUUUUUGAUGGUCGGAUACGUAUUUAUGAUUUUCAAGGACCAAAUGUAGUUAAUAAAGAAGAAAUACAAACGAAGAUGUCUAAUUUAAGUUGUAUUUCAUGGAGUACAGCUAGACAUCAUUUAGCUCCAUUAAUUGCUGUUGGAAGUGAUGAUUGUAAUACAGGUACUGGUGCUAAAUUACAAUUAUGGGAACAUGCACCUGAUAGAAAAGCGGUUAAAGUUGAUUUAACUAGUGUGAAUAUGUUAUUACAAAAUGGAAUUAAAGAUAUUCAAUUUGCACCAAAUUUUGGUCAAUCUUAUCAUUUACUUGCUGUAGCUUCAAAUGAUAUUGAUUUGUUUACUAUAAAACCAGCAAAAGGAGAAUUGAAUAAUAGUAGUGAAAAUAAAGCACAAACAUAUGAUGUUAUCAGAAUUAUUACAUUAGAUGAUCAUGGUUCAACGGUAUGGAAAGUUUGUUGGAAUGUAUUUGGCUCAGUACUUUAUAGUUGUGGUGAUGAUGGAAGAAUUCGAAUGUGGAAAGGUACGAUUAAUGGUCCAUGGAAAUGUGAAAGUAAUAUAAGUCUUCAAGCAGGAACUCUUGAAAAAGCAAAAUCUGAUGCAAGUCAAUCAGCAGAACCAGUAUCAACAUAA